AAAGCUUAAACCUUUAUUUACUGAUUAAGUCUACCGCCGGGAAGACAAAGAUGCCGACGAUUUUCUUUUUCCGAUAUGUGUUUCUAUUGGUGGUGAUCUCAUUGGUGGGUUUUUCGAUCGCUGAGAAAGUUAACUCUUCCGGGGGAAUGGUCUGGUCUAGUGUUAGAGAUGAAGCCGAAUUGGUAGAAGAUUCCGGUGUGGUGAUCGGAGAGCAAGAUCAAAUCGAUGGUGGAUUCUCUUCACUUGAUGGGAUGUUACACUGGGCAAUAGGUCACUCGGAUCCUGCGACAUUGAAGGAAGCAGCUAAAGAUGCAGAGAAGAUGUCUUUGGAUGAGUUACAGAAGCGUCAAUUAGAGUUAAAGGAGCUGGUGGAGAAGCUGAAAAUGCCGUCGAAUGCGAAGUUGAUGCAAAUAGCGAUAGAUGACUUGAAUAAUUCAUCCUUGUCUCUUGAAGAUCGUCACCGUGCUUUGCAGGAACUUUUGAUCCUCGUUGAACCUAUUGAUAAUGCAAAUGAUUUGAGCAAAUCAGGAGGGCUUAGAGUUGUAGCAGGAGAGCUUAAUCAUGAUGACACAGAAGUAAGGAAACUAGCUGCGUGGGUGCUCGGGAAAGCUAGCCAAAACAAUCCUUUUGUUCAAGAGCAGGUUCUUGAACUUGGAGCUUUAACAACACUAAUAAAGAUGGUAAACUCCAGCUCUACUGAAGAAGCUGUGAAAGCACUUUUUGCUGUUUCUGCCUUGAUACGAAAUAAUAUAGCUGGUCAGGACUUGUUUUUUGCAGCACAUGGAUACAUUAUGCUUCGGGAUGUAAUGAACAAUGGGAGCUUGGAUAUGAAAUUGAGACGGAAAGCUGUAUUCUUAGUCGGUGAUUUGGCUGAGUCUCAACUACAGAACACAGAGAAAGAUGAACUUCCUAUUUUCAAAGAUCGUCUUUUCCUAAAGUCUGUUGUCGAUUUGAUUGUGGUGCUUGAUCUUGAUCUCCAAGAAAAGGCUCUUACAGCAAUCCAAACUCUUCUUCAACUUAAAUCCAUAGAGCCUCAGGUUCUCAAAGAGUCCUGCGGGUUGGAAGAAGCAUUAGAGAGAAUGAAGCUACAGCUGGAGGAAUCAAUGGCGGAUGAAUACAAGAGAGACUAUGCUGCAGAUGUGGAGAGCAUUCGUGGUGAAGUGGAACUGAUCUUCCGCCAAAAGCUUGGACUUUUAUGAACACCAUGAUCAGUAAGAAAGCAACUCCCUGUGCGUUAAUUUCUGGUGGGAAAAGCUUUAGCUGUAGGAGUUGUAGACAAAUUCUAACUGCCUUAGAUAGACUUAAGAUGUGUAACUUAGGCGGAUCUUGCUGAUCCAUUUUGCAUGUUAUUGCCUCUACUCGAGCGGGUUUCUUCCCCUCAUCUUUACUUUCAUAUCAUGUUUGCAAGGUUUUAUGUAUAGUAUUAUGAACUUCCACA